GAGAGUGUAUGGAGCAACCUUUAAAUUCUGGGAGGUCUGGCCUGUGAGCAGCAGGAGCAGGCAGGGAACACGGCAUCCUCUGGCUCUGACUCUCACUGGCCAAGGAAAAAUCACAAUCAUGAGAAUUGAAGUGAUUUUCUUUUGCCUCAUAGGCAUUACCCAUUCCCUGCCAAUUGAGUCUGGCAGCUCUGAGGAAAAUCAGCUUUUUAACAAAAAAUAUCCAGAUUCUGAAGCCUCAUGGCUAAAGCUUGAUCUGUCUGAGAAGAAUAAUCUCCUAGCACCACAGAAUGUGCUGUCCUCUGAAGAAACUGAUGUCUUGCAACCAGAGACCUUCUCAAGUAAUUCCAAUGAAAGCCACAUGGAUGAGUUGAAUGAGGAUGAUAUUGGAAACCACAUGGACAGCCAAGACUUCACUGAGUCAGAUGAAAGCGAUCAUGAUAGUGAUCAUGAGCACCAUUCACACCACCAUGAUCACCACGAACACCACAAAAACUCUCACCACUCCCAUGAAUCUGAAGAAGUGAUCAGUUUGCCUCCUCCUCUCACACUGGAGACACCGGUCUUCACUCCAGUUUUCCCUGCAAUGAGCACACUAGAAAGCCAUGGAGAUAGCAAUGCUCCCGAAGGGAAGAAGUCUAAAUCCUCGGACAUAACUAAUGUUCAGGUAAGUCCCUUCACAGAUAUGUUCAAUGGCUCUAAGCAGAGCUCACUUCUUGGAAUGCAGGCUGUGCAUAUUCAGCUGUCAUUCAGCAAACACAAAAACAUUUUUAGCAAGGAAGGCAAGGAAGGCAAAGAGGGCAAAGAGGGCAAGGAAGGCAAAGAGGGCAAGGAAGGCAAGGAAGGCAAGGAAGGCAAGGAAGGCAAGGAGUCGCAUGAUGAACACUUGGAGCACAAGGAGUUACAUGACACACUCAGGGUCAUCCCCAUUCCUCAUAUUACACACGAGGACUUUAGCCCACACUGGGAAUCCAAGCCCCAUGAUACACUCAAGGUCAUUCCCAUUCCUCAUCAUAUCAGGUUCCCCACUGAAUGGGACACUCAUGAGUUGGAACAACACGGUUUAGAAUUACGCCGCUCAGAAUCAAAAGGUUCAGAAUCACACAACAACAACAACCACAAUAAUGGUGAUCAAUUCUCUGUAUCUAAGAAAUCCAAAUACAAGCCUGAUGGGCCUGACAGCCUGGGAAGUUCAAAGGUCAGCCACAAGCUCCAUAGCAAUGAGUUUCUUAGCCAGGAAGACAUGCUGGUCCUAGACCCUAGAAGUAUUGAGGAUAAACAUCCGAACUUUCGCAUUUCUCAUGAAUUAGACAGUACAUCUUCGGAGGCCAAUUAAAAAGAGGAGAAUUAAAAUUCUUGCUUUAAUUUUAUUAAAAAGAAAAAAUACAUUAUAGAGAAUUAAAAGUAUAACGCAUAUUUCUCAAUGCAGUGAGUAAAUAUAUUUGUAUGUGGAAAUACUGUUUUAAUCAUUAGUUUGUUGUUUCUGGUAAGACCUUUUAAACCUAAAAGCUUCAGCAUAUACUUUCCAUGCAAGCAAUCAAAAUUCCAACAAUCACUACAUUUUAGUGUUUGUUACUCAAUCAUAAAUAGAAAUGUGUGUAAAAUCCAACAAAAUACUAUCUCAAUCUUUCAAAAGAGACACUAUAUAGCAUUUUACCUCCUUAUAAGAACUGUUUUUAAGUUUCUUGUGAUCAUUGUGUGAAUAAAUUUACCUUGAAUGUAGCAAA